AUGGCUAGAAACCAGAAUGAUGAUGAUGCAUCAACAUCUAACAGGAAGAAGAGGAUCAAGACUUGUGACAACAGUGGUGUGGGGCCUUGGUCAGAACUUAACCAUGAUGUGUUGUUUUUAGUUAUGAUGCAACUGAGUUUCGUUGAUUUUGUUGCACUUAGUGGAGUUUGCAAGUCAUGGAGGUCAUUUGCACUCAGGAAGAGGUUUAUGGCAUCCAGACCACCCAUGUUGAUGUCCAUCUCUGAUACUUCUUGUAUGAAUUCGUGCUACUGCCACCUGAAGGACUUUGAUGGAAGAAACUUCAAAACCCUCCUUCCCCAUUCUGUUGGCAGGAGGUGUGUGGGAUUAACUUGUGGUUACUUGAUCUUGUUAAGUUUUAUAACCAAUGACUACUGGCUUGUGAAUCCUAUCACAAGGUGGGUGUUUCUAGUUAUAGAUAAACUCUACUUCAAUAUAUGGUUUUCAGUAGAGGGUAAAGGAGCAUGGAAUCAUGUCUCCUCCACUUACCCCAUCCUUGAUUUACACGCUUUCAAGGGGAAGAUAUAUGCCCGAAGCAACACCUGGCGUGUGUAUGAAAUGAAACUCAAUCCAAAGCCCAAAUUGACAUUACUCAAAAUCAAGAAUUUUCCAAAGUCAAAAGUAGGGAAUCCGGUUUUUGUAAGUUCGGAUGAGAACCUUUAUGUGAUGGAUCACGGUUUAAAAGAUCCGAUUGAGGAACUAGAUUUUGGCGUAAUGAAAUGGGUGUCACCAAAAGAAAAGACAAUAGGAGAAUAUUCAUUUUUUUUGUAG